ACUAUCGGUUAUUGAAUUCCUUCAAGUUUAAGAACUCUCAGUGUAGUUGUGGGUGCCAACGGACGGUCGAUCUCAUUUUUUGGCGCUUGUUAAAUCCAGGUUUACAUGACAUCAUUAAAAUAAACAAAAAAUAACCCAUUUUGGAAUUACAAUAACAAGCAAUACUUUACAAAUAAAUUAAAGGGUUCAUAAAACAAUUCUACAUUUGGAAAAAAGAGAUAAGUGUAUUGAAAUUUUCUUUCAAAGGUGAAAAAUUGUGGACUUAAUAUUACCAAUUAUUAAGAAAAAAAUAUCAAUUGGACAUCAAUACCUUUACGUUUUUUGUGAAAACCUCAAAGAAGAAAGAAUGUUUAUGUGGAAUAUUUAACUCAAACAAGCGACUAAAAUGAAUGAGUCUCAACGCCGGACCCUGCGGAUUCACAAUCCCGACCUCACACGGGAUUUGGACAUCACAGCAGACAUGACAGCCAAAUUUCUUCACUAUGGAAUUUUUAAUGAAGACAUGAUUGAGGAAAUUAAGGCCGAGAAGACGCGGAAGGAGCGCGUGUCAAAGAUGCUGCUGUUACUGACCCGACGCGGACCACGGGCAUUUGACAUGUUCGUACAUGCUCUUCAAGACACCUACUACUGGCUCGCUGACGACCUGAAGAAAACUCACCAUAAAAUUGCACUCAAAACAGAACCUGAUAUGCUUACGUUGAAAGAGAGAGUAGACAUCUACGUGCAUGAACAGUUUGGAAACAAAAAGAGACUCUGUGAGGAAGACAAAAAAGACAUUAGAAAAUUCCUGUACAAACAUCUUAAAAACCCGGAAAAUGAUCUGAUAUAUGUUCACGAUCAUCGCAGAAACAGCCUAGACAGUACAGUUGAUGCAGCUCAGUUAGAUGCCUCUGCUGUUAAUGCUAAAGACAUUGAAAACAGCGUUCUUAAGAAGGUUUACGGAAUGUUCAAAAAAGACAUGAAUGCAACGGACGAGGAAGUCAAGAGUGAAAACAUGGACAGUAAUGAGUCAGAGUGUGACUUUGAUGACAAUGAAAUGGAAGAAAUUACUCUUGAAAUGAUUGAAUCCAAAGUCAAAGAGAUGGACAAAAAUGUUGAGGACUUGCAGAAUGAAAUUAAGGGUUGUUUUAGUGUUCUUGGACUAGACAAUUGUGAAUAUGCUCUACAUGAUGUGCUGGAAACAUACGUAGAGAAUAGGGAACAUGAAAAAGAGGAGUUUGCUAACAUGAAGCAUAAGCUUGAUGCCCUGGAAAGGAAGAGAAACAAACUUGAACAAACAUUAAAUGAUAAGGAAGAAGAACUAAAAGGAACAAUCAACAGACUUGCAAAUGCUACACAUGAGACAGAGAGGGUAAAACAUCUGAUGCAAGACCUGGAAAUUAAAUGCGAGAGGUUGGAGAAAAUCCAUGUGAAACAUAUGGAAAAACAACAGACAUUAAUGACACUAAAAAAUAUGGUGAACGACUUGAGCCCCAUUAGACGACAGAAUCAAGAGAAGAGACAUAUUCCGGCUUAUGAUGAUGUUGACGGGUCUGUUGUACAAACAGACUAUCUACAGCUACCAAAGAUUGGACAAAGCCAGUCGCACAGCCAUGCAAGGCGAAGCCGAUCUCGGCACAGUAAACAAUCAAGGAAGAGCAUGGGACGGGAGAAAUCAAGCUCAAACAACCACCACCAGCUUCCCGUGUCCGUGUGUCCCCCUAUCAGCAUGAAAGGCGAUGACAGGCCCUGGAAAUAUUGAGUUUAACAGGACUGCUCUGAAACAAUCAGUUACCAUUUGUAUCAACUGGUUAUUACAUUUUUUUUUUAUUAUAACAUGACCAAAAUAUUGAAUAAUCGGUGGAGAAAAUUUAGCAAAUAAAAUCAUUUCAAGAUCAUACAAAAUAGCCAAAAGAUAACAUGUGAACGGUUUAUCAUAAUUUACAUAGUUUGCACCUGACUGGCAAUAAAUUAUUCUAUCUUUCUAUCAAUCAAAUUUCUGCUCUAAAAGCAGACAAAACUAAAGAGAAGUACUUUUAGAUAUGGAAAUAGCUAGCACAAGAUAUCUGAUGCAAAAUCUUUUUUUAAAAUGUUGAACAAAAUAAUGAAAUGCACUAGAGAUCUCCCUUAAUGAAAUACCAUAAUUAAAUCAUUAUUAGUUUAACACCAGUGUUAAUUUAUUUAUUUUUAAGUUAUAUUUUUCGGUACAUUCCAUGUUUCUUAUCUGUGAUCAUUUGAACUGUGAUUUUAACAUUGUUAGUAUUGUGUUAUGUCUUUUAUUCAAUUUUACAUUGAAUGUUGUAAUUUUGACAUGGAAUGUUGAUUAUACAGCCAAAAUUAAUGACUAACACUUUAUAGAACAUAUUAUGUAUUAGCAUUGAAAUCAGGCCAGUUAUACUAAUCUAAACCAUAUUUUAUAAUCGGCAAUGUGCCAAUAUCAACGUAUUUUUAAAAUUAAAUCCUCUUACAAAUAGAUAAUGUCUUUUUUAAAAGCUUUCAUAAGUCCAUGACUAAUAUUACCCACAAAAACUUCAGAAUAGAAUUAUUGAUUACAUUUACCACAAAUUAACAUUUAAACCAGAUAUUACAAGCUGCUGUUAAACAUGAAUACCUUUUAAUAAUUAAACAUUUUGAAAAAGCUUCUGAGACAGAAAAUUAAGUCUAAAAUGGUCAAAUGAGCCUAGAAUGUAUUAUAAAGAUUGUUUAGCAAGAAUUAUAAUAUAAUGUGUAUAAUGUUGAAAUUGGCAGCUCAUUAAAUUGUCAGUUUUUACAAAAAUUAUACAAAAUUCAAUUCAAUUCAAUUCGAUGCAUAUUUUUCUAUUUGAUACAUAUAGCAUUAAUAAGCCUUAUAUGUAUGAUAAGAAUAAAUGUAGACCUAUAUUCAAGUUUAUUGCAUAAUAGAUUUAAUCAUUCUUAUUGACAAGUAUAGGUUCAUAUUGAUCACUGACAUAACUAUUGUUGGAUGUAUUUAUUUUCUGACAUUAAUGAAUGAUCACUGGUUGAAGCUUACAUUAAAUUCCCAUCUUAUUCUGUACCUUACUGUUUAUCUAAGGUUCAAUUUGAACCAAGGGUCUUGUAUCUGGCCCUAUCUUAUCUACAGAAGCAUUAUUUGAUCAUUCUUUCAAUCAAUAUUCCUGAAAAGCAAUCCUAUUUAACUUCUCUGUUUUUUAGUUUGAUUGACAAUAUCUGGUAAGAUUCAUUCCGUAAAACAGCUUUCAUAAGUUUUUUACUUUGGAAUUAUUACUGCAAAGUUUCAGAAUAAACAUAUUUGUUAUGUUCUAAAAUCCUAAAGCUUUUUGGGUUAUGAAAUAUAUCAUACAUGACAAUCAAUUCAAUUUAAAAAUGUAUGCAAAAUGCCCUGCUUUUUUUACCUUUUUCAUAUUUCAUCUUCAUACAGUGUUUAUUUUGCUUUUGAUCUAUCUAGAGGUCAUGGUGAAAUAGAAGACCAACAGUGCCAAAGGAGUUACAUCCCUUUGACAAAAAAAGUUUCUAUUCAAUGGAUCCAAAGUUUGAUGUAUAAGAACAUAUGAAAUGGGUGCAAUGUAACUGUAGGGAUGUACAACACGGCCAAUGUAUUAUAAUAUCAGAGAAUUUAUGGAUAUGAAAUAGAAAUUACACCCUAUGCAAAUUUAUCUGAGCACUUAAUAUAUUAUUUUGUCUAUUUUUUAACUGUCUGUGAUCUGGGGCGUAUUCAGAAAGCAUGUAAGUGAGUUUCUCAAACUUAGUAGAAAAUAGCAAUAUUUUUCCACCAAAAAAUGAUAAAAGGCAAAUAAAGGUCAAAAAAAUAAAUGCAUACAUAUAUAUAAAUUUGAUUAAAAGGGGGGGGGGGGGGGUAUUUAAAAUAUUCUUUGAUAAAUACUUGAUUUAUUUUACUAAGCUGAAAAUGAUCAAGCUUUAUGAAUAAGGCCCCUGGAAUGAAAAGCAAUAAGUCCAUCAUUAUAUUAGUUUCCACCUUAUUAAAGUGACUUUUCUGUAGCAUUAGUUAGCAUUAUUUGUUUUAUCUUCUGUGUGCACUGGGUUUAAAUUCACCCAAUUAGAAAGCACCACUGUGCCAAACUUUUGUGUUACAAGUCUUGAGUGUUGUUUAUGUAUGUUAUACUUGAUGUUGCAACUGUGAAUACAUUACUGAGCAUUGUUUAUGUAUGUUAUACUUGAUGUUGUAACUGUGAAUACAUUACUGAGCAUUGUUUAUGUAUGUUAUACUUGAUGUUGCAACUGUGAAUAUAUUACUGAGCAUUGUUUAUGUAUGUUAUACUUGAUGUUGCAACUGUGAAUACAUUACUGAGCAUUGUUUAUGUAUGUUAUACUUAAUGUUGCAACUGUGAAUAUAUUACUGAGCAUUGUUUAUGUAUGUUAUACUUGAUGUUGCAACUGUGAAUACAUUACUGAGCAUUGUUUAUGUUUGUUAUACUUAAUGUUGCAACUGUGAAUAAAUUACUAAGCAUUGUUUAUGUAUGUUAUACUUGAUGUUGCAACUGUGAAUACAUUACUGAGCAUUGUUUAUGUAUGUUAUACUUAAUGUUGCAACUGUGAAUACAUUACUGAGCAUUGUUUAUGUAUGUUAUACUAAAUGUUGCAACUGUGAAUACAUUACUGAGCAUUGUUAUGUAUGUUAUACUUGAUGUUGCAACUGUGAAUACAUUACUGAGCAUUGUUUAAGUAUGUUAUACUUGAUGUUGCAACUGUGAAUAUAUUACUGAGCAUUGUUUAUGUAUGUUAUACUUGAUGUUGCAACUGUGAAUACAUUACUGAGCAUUGUUUAUGUAUGUUAUACUUAAUGUUGCAACUGUGAAUACAUUACUGAGCAUUGUUUAAGUAUGUUAUACUUAAUGUUGCAACUGUGAAUAUAUUACUGAGCAUUGUUUAUGUAUGUUAUACUUGAUGUUGCAACUGUGAAUACAUUACUGAGCAUUGUUUAUGUAUGUUAUACUUAAUGUUGCAACUGUGAAUACAUUACUGAGCAUUGUUAUGUAUGUUAUACUUGAUGUUGCAACUGUGAAUACAUUACUGAGCAUUGUUUAUGUAUGUUAUACUUAAUGUUGCAACUGUGAAUACAUUACUGAGCAUUGUUAUGUAUGUUAUACUCAGUGCAUGGACGAGUAGAAAUUAUGUACCCAGGUACGUGAUCAUCAAUUACCCCCACGACACAUAUCAAUAUAUACAUAAUGAAAAAGUACAUGAUGAAGAAAAAUCCCUGUCAUUCCCAUUGACAAACAUAAUGUAAAAUUACUGCUGUACUAAUCGGGUACGGGAUACUCUUAAAAUGUAUCAGGUACCCGUCACAAAGAACCCAGUCCAUGGGUAACCAAGUGCCUGUCCAUGCCCUAUUUACACUUAAGGUUGCAACUGUGAAUAACAAAAAAUUAACAUUAUUGAAACAGGUUUCAAUAUCAGCAAAUAUACAUGCAAUUUUCUUUUUUUAUACAAAUGCUUGAUACUACAAACAUUCCAAGAAUCAUAUUAAUGUUACAUAUUGUAACAGUAUUUACUGAGACCAUAAAAAAUAAUUUAUUUGUUGCAUAAGUUUUUAAUUCACACAUAUUGUAAGGAUGCCAAAUAGCUCGGUUUCAUAGUAAAACUUCAGUUAAUUGUUAUAAAUAAUUAUAUUUUGGUAUAUCUUUGUCAGAAACUGGGCAAGUAUAUAUAUAUUAUGGAUGAAUUUCAUUCAGCAAUAGGCUAAAGUGCUUAAAAACAGAAUUAAUUAACAUUUUUAGAUCGUAUACCUUAUAAAAAUUCAUGACAAUUAUAACAUGUUGCUGAAUCAAAUUCAUUGUUGUUGUUGCUGUUGUUAUUGUUGUUAGAAUAAUUGUUACGUUAUAGAGUCUGUUUUCUUUCUCUGAUUUUGUUAAAACAUCUAUUAAUUUACAAAAUUGUUAAGUCCCAAAUGCCAAGUGCCAACCUAACAUAUAUUUUAUUGCAACAUUGGUGUACAUGAAAAAAAUUUUUUUUAAAAAUUCUUUUAAUCAACUGUAUAUACAAUUAUAAUUUUGUGAUAAACGAACAGUCUGUGAUAAAUUUACGAUACAUAUAAACUUAUUUUUAUCAUAUCUUACAACUGUGUCAAUUUGUGUAAACAGUUCUUUUGUUUUCUGUCUAAUAAAACAUCUCUAUCAAUA